UUAAACAAAUGCAUUUGUUUUUUUUUUGUGUUCGACUUGUGUGUGCAGUAGUGUAAUUGAAGUGACCAGCAAACGUGCGACCGGCUGUGGUAAAAUGGUUUGAGGACGAAAACGAAAACGUAAACGCGACGAAAAUUCGCAAUGUGCGUAAAACAUCAUCAACACCAGCAACAGCAACAACAACGAAAACAGCAUCAAAAUACGAGAUAAAUUAUCCAACCGAAAGCAACAGAAACACAAACACACACACAUACAGAUGCAGCAACAAAAAGAAUUGAAACAGCAGCAGCGAGGCGGCAGCGUCGUCAGCGGCAGCGUGCUGCCAACCUGCGCCAGCUGCCUCUGCCCGCUGCUGACGUCGCCGUCGACGUCGUCGAAAAAACACAACGAUGAACCGAUAGUGAUGGCACUUGGCCAACAAUGGCAUUGCGAUUGUUUUCGCUGCUCCGUCUGCGAUUCCCAUCUCCACAAUUGGUAUUUUGAGCGUGAGAAUUUGCUCUAUUGCCGUGACGAUUAUUACGCACGCUUCGGUGAUGCCUGUCAGCAGUGCAUGGCCGUCAUAACGGGACCCGUGAUGGUUGCCGGCGAGCAUAAAUUCCAUCCGGAAUGCUUCUGUUGCGCCGCCUGCGGUUCAUUCAUUGGCGAGGGCGAAUCCUAUGCGCUGGUCGAACGCUCCAAAUUGUAUUGCGGCCAAUGCUAUGGCAAAAAGAGUCGUCUCCCCAUCGAUGCGAGGCCACGGAUCACAAAAGCCGGCAAGCCGAUGCAUUCCAUUCGGCUCGUCGAGAUUCCCAAGGAUGCCACGCCCGGUCUGCGUGUGGAUGGCGGCGCCCUCGAUGACGGUUGUCCCACGGUCCGGAUAACCGAUUUAAUAUGUAAAUUUUACGGUCGCAUGGGCAAAUACGCGUUCUCCUUGCUCACCUCGGUGGCGGAUCGUUGUUGUGCUUCAUAUAGGAUCGAUGUGAAUCUGACAAAUUUGCACAUUGGGGAUCGGAUACUCGAGGUGAACGGAACUCCGGUGAGCAACUCAUCGGUGGAACAAAUUGAUAAACUGAUACGGAGCAAUGAGAAGAUGCUCCAGUUGACUGUCGAACACGAUCCGGUUCAAGUUUGUCGCAGUUGCAGCCAGGCGGACAUUCAACGUGCGAGUUCCGCCUCCACUUUGAUUCUCCCUCUCAGCACCUCGGCAUCGAGUGUUGAGGUCGGUGGACGUGGUCGGGAGAGACUUUACAAGGCAGCUGAAUCGAAUGGCACAAAGGCACGCAAGAUGCGGCAACAAACGUUGCAACAACAGCAGCAGCAGCAAUCACAACAUCAACAACAUCAGCAGCAGCAACCACAACUCCUCAAAGAAAAAGAGCGCUGCUCAAGUUUGUCGAAGCUGUUGGAUGAACAGCAUACGGCGCAACAGCAUUCGGCGCAUCCGCAACUUUAUGAUUUAUCGCGGACGCAAAGCUGUCGCGUUGUCCAGAAGCCGCAGCGCAUUUUUCGCGCCUCGGAUCUCGUGAUGGGCGAGAAACUGGGCGAAGGAUUCUUUGGCAAAGUGUACAAGGUGACGCAUCGCUUGACCGGCGAGCUGAUGGUCCUCAAGGAGUUGCAUCGUGCCGACGAAGAGGCGCAGAAGAAUUUCAUCAAAGAGGUCGCCGUGUUGCGGUUGCUCGAUCAUCGGCAUGUGCUCAAAUUUAUUGGGGUCCUCUACAAGGAUAAGAAACUUCACAUGGUCACCGAAUACGUCGCUGGCGGUUGCCUCAAGGAAUUAAUUCAUGAUCCCGCCCAGUCGUUGAGUUGGCCACAGCGCGUCUGUUUGGCUCGGGACAUCGCCUGUGGCAUGAGCUAUUUGCAUUCCAUGAACAUCAUCCAUCGUGAUCUCAAUUCGAUGAAUUGUCUUGUGCGCGAGGAUCGUUCGGUAAUCGUCGCCGAUUUUGGUCUUGCGAGAAGUGUUGAUGCGCCACGUCUUUCCACGGCAAAUGCCAAUGCCAGUAACAGUAACAGUCCAGCCGCCAGUUCGGGAUUCGAUUCGAGUGCCGCUUUGUCGCCCAGCGGCACGAUGAGACGCAGCAAGAGUCGACAGCGCAGGCAGAGAUACACUGUAGUUGGGAAUCCCUAUUGGAUGGCUCCCGAGAUGAUGAAGGGCCUCAAGUACGACGAGAAGGUGGACGUAUUCUCCUUCGGCAUCAUGCUCUGCGAGAUCAUUGGCCGCGUUGAGGCGGAUCCGGACUACAUGCCGCGUAACUCGGACUUCAGUCUCAAUCAGCAGGAGUUUCGGGAGAAGUUUUGCGCCCAUUGCCCCGAGGCGUUCGUCAAGGUGGCGUUCGUGUGCUGCGAUCUGAAUCCGGAUAUGCGACCCUGCUUCGAGACGCUCUACAUAUGGCUGGAGCAGCUGCGCAGUCUGUUGGAUGCACAGCAAACGCCGCCGGCGCGACUUCUGCACGAGAUUGAGAACUUUCAGGAUAGUUACAUCAGUUCGGAGGACGCAUUGUCGCCCACCUCCCAAAGGAGUCUUGACAAUCUAACCGCAGAGGCGACAACGACAACGGAGGCGGCAGUUGAAGAAAAGGAGAACGUGGAGCAGCAACCAGCGGAGCAACAGGUUGUGAUGCGGGCCCAAGACAUUCCAAAGUCGCCGCACCUCGGCAAGGAUUUCUCGCCGAGCGGCGAGCGACUGAGAGACAGCAUGAGAGCGCGUCGUCGUCAGCGAUUUCUGGGCGCUCAGCAGCAACUGCGAGGCCUGACCCCGGAGACAACGUCAACGGAGCGUGCGCUGAAGCAGGCGCUAAAGAAAUGUCGACCCUUUGGGGAGAAAGGUUAUCUGGUUGAUUUGCGACCCGGUGGCGAGCUGCAGCUGAACGAUGUGCGUGAUUUGAACAACUAUUCGGAUGUGGACUCGAGUUGUGAUACGAGCUUAAACUAUCACGAAGUGAAUGCCACGACGACGGUGAUGGAGACGCCUCCUCCUCCUCCAACGCCGCCGCCACCGCCGCCUCCCCUCGAGCAUCGUUUGGCCUUUGAGGAUAUGCGCACGAGGUUACAUCAGUGUCGCAGCAAAUUCGAGCAUCUCGAGGAGGCGAAUCGUCGGAAUUUCAGUCAAGCGCAGCACUCGAUGCGCAACUUUUUCAAAACGCCGCCGGUGGCCCUCAAAAUGUUUCAACGUCUCGAGCACGAAGCGUCGCUAAAUGGCAACGGCAACAACAACAACACUUCAACGCCGCCUCCGCUGCGUCGCAUCAAUCAGACGCCCAUCUUUGGACGUCGCCAGUUGCCGGCUGCUUUGCCACAGCUGCCUCAGUCCGAAUCCCUCGAACAUCUGGCGGCAACUGCAAAGCAAUCAACAACGACAACAACAACGUCGACGUCGACGACGGCUCCGAAACGCAGCAAAGCAACGCUUGUCACUUGCACCGCCGAGUUGCAUGCCCCAGCGUCAGUUGCUCCAACUCCAGCUGCUGCUCCUUCCACCUGCUCCGAGUACCUGCCCAAAAAGCACAAGCUAACGCUGCCUUUGUCCAACUGCAGCAGCAGCGGCGUCCAGCGAUCCACAGCCAACAGUCGACUGCAAUCGGGGGCUGGCAAAGCGAAGCCUCUGAAGCCUCCAAUGGGCAACAGCAACAACUCCGGCAGCAACAAUCACAGCCACAACGUCGUUGGCCUCUCGCCAACACGCGCCAGACCUGGAUCGCCCAGCAAGCAUCUGGCUCAAAGGCACACGGCCGCCACAGCGCAGCGUCAGCACAAUAAUGUGUCCGCUGCAUACCAGCAACAGCAACAUCAACAGGCAGCAUCGCAAGGCGGCAAGAGCAGCAGACUGAGCAUCCUCAGUCCGGAGAAGGUGCAUCGACUGGGCGCGCGUCUCAGCGACCAGAAGCAGCAGGCAGCGGCUGCGGCAGCAGCGCUCAAUGGAAGGGCCGGAGGCGCAUCAGCGACGAUGACGACGACGACGGCGGGGAGUACGGGAGGUGGAGAGAGAAGAAGAAGAGCGCCACCGCCGCCGCCAGUGCGAACGCAUUUUAACACGCGUUGUUAACUGUUAUACGCGAGAUAGAGAGAGAAACGUUUGAAACGGCAGCAAUAAAAAACCCGAGUAGAAACUCAUAUUCCACCACUGUUAUACACACACACAUACACACACACACACACCAACCGCAUUCCAAUACAUUCCGCGAACAACAAAAAAAAAAGCCAAACGAAAAAAGAAUAACAAAACUCAACGAACAGAAAACGAAGCGAAAAGCGACGACAGUUGUAGACAAUAACUGUUCGAAAGUAGAAGUAGAAGAGAAAGAGAAA